AUGAAGUUUCAUACCUCAAUUGACGAAAAUGGUGGUCGGAACCGCCGGAAACCCCACCUGAAACUCCUGAAACCCUCAGCUCCUCUUCUAGCUUGCGCUGCCGCUGUGUGGCCUAGGGUGGCUACGUCUUUGCCCAUCCAUGAUCGUCAGCCUGGGGUGGUCCUUUCCCAACCAACAGCCUGA